AAAACAUUGCGAACUCUGCAAAUUUAGUAUAAAGAAAAAUAUCUUCGAUUCAGGGUUUACAUGGCCUAAAGAAAUUCAAAAAUUGACAGUGUGGCGGUCAUAAAAAAGAAAGGCUAUGCUGAAAUUCAGUUGUUAUCAUCAAACAAAAAUAGCCCAAGGGAGGAUAAAAAAACUUUAUUUGAUAGUGAGUCGGUGAAUUGUGAUAGCAAAUCAGUUAAUAUAAACUCCACAACAAACAGCCCUAGAAAAAUGAGUUUCAUAAAACUGGUACCACGAGCAGCUGGGGCAAGACGAUCCCUAUUUUUAUUGGGAUUAUUAUUCACCAUGAUGGGACUACUAUUAUAUUUACUAGGAUAUAUUUGUACAGAGAAAAGUUUUUAUAAUGGUGGAAUGAUUACAAAUGAGAAAUAUGUAAUUGGUGCUGAUAAGAAGGUAUAUAUGUAUAAUCGACAUAUGCCGUUGAUAUUUAUUGGUGGCUGUCCACGUUCUGGUACAACAUUAAUGCGGGCUAUGCUUGAUGCACAUCCUGAGGUCAGAUGUGGUCAAGAAACUCGUGUAAUUCCUCGAGUGUUACAAAUGCGUUCCCACUGGAUGAAAUCGGAUAAAGAAAGUUUACGGCUAAAAGAAGCUGGUAUAUCAAAAGAUGUAUUAGAUUCAGCGAUUGCAGCUUUUUGUUUAGAAGUAAUAGCAAGGCAUGGUGAACCUGCACCUCGUCUAUGUAACAAAGAUCCAUUAACAAUCAAAAUGGGAACAUACGUUAUAGAUUUAUUUCCUAAUGCAAAAUUUAUUUUUAUGGUUCGAGAUGGUCGAGCCACUGUACAUUCGAUAAUUAGUCGUCAAGUGACAAUAACUGGAUUUGAUUUAACAAGUUAUCGACAAUGUCUAACAAAAUGGAAUCAAGCCGUUGAAUUAAUGAAUGCACAAUGUAAUACAUUAGGUGAAGAACGUUGUUUACGUGUACAUUAUGAAAAAUUAGUAUUACAUCCACGUGAAUGGAUGACACGUAUAUUAAAAUUCUUAGAUAUACCAUGGAAUGAAAGUGUUUUACAUCAUGAAGAAUUUAUUAAUAAACCAAAUGGUAUAUCACUAUCAAAAGUUGAAAGAUCUUCAGAUCAAGUAAUAAAACCAGUAAACUUAGAAGCACUAUCAAAAUGGGUUGGUAAGAUACCGACCGAUGUAGUAAAUCAAAUGGCCGACAUAGCACCAAUGUUAUCCGUAUUAGGUUACGAUCCAUAUGCAAAUCCUCCAAAUUAUGGUGAACCAGAUUCCCAAGUAGCAGAUAAUACACGACGUGUACAAGAUAAUGCACAUAUAUGGCAAGAGAAAGCACGUCAAUUAUUUAAAGCACAAAAUGAAUUUGAAGAGGACGUUAUUGAUCAAUUAAAGGUCACAUCAUUGGAUCAACGAGCAGAUAAUUAUGAUAAGGGUGGAUGACACCUAAGUAUUUAUUAAAACCAAAAACCACAAACUGAUAAAAAAAUAUUUAAUUGUUAUGAGUGCAGUUUAAUUGUUGAGUGUUAAAAAAAACGAUUCUGAAAAUUUUUACCUAUUAUGUUGUACGUGACUUAAAGAAAUCUUUGAAGACGUUAAAAAAAUAUUGGCUAGGAAAAAGUGACAGUGAAAAUAAUUUUUUUACUAUUUCGUGUGAUUAAAUUCUUUCAAGGCAUUUCAAUCUUCUGUCUUUUUUUGUAAUCAAUUAAGACAAUAAAAUUUAUUAAAAACGUAAUUCAUUUAAAAAAAUUAGUUAAAAUAAUAGCAAAAAUCCAAAUAUUUCCUAUCUGUGUUUGUUUGGUUUUGAAAUCUCGAUAAAAAAUAUGCAAGACGCAAAAUUGUUAAUAAUUGCAAACGAUCAAAAAAUUAGUUAUAUAUAGUGCUUUCACUCUUUUAUAAAACAUAAAAGAACGAACGCGCUUUUGUAUCUAGCUUUUGUGCUAGGCACAAAAAAUUUUUGUGCGACCACAUAAAAGCGAAAGCGUAUUAUGUGCCUAUUUCUGCUGAACAAGCACAUUUAUUUUUCGGCUGCCAUACUAAUAUGGCUUAAAUAAAAACGUUAAUAGUUCAAUUUCAUAUUAUUGGUUAUCAUCUAAUUUAUUUUUCACCCAACGCUUCCUCCCUUUUUUAUUCAUUAAGUAGAUUCAACUUCUCUUAUCUACGCCAUUUGUUGCUAGGACCACAGAUUAGUACCACGGACGGAAAAUAUUAGGUUUAGUUCAUAAAAUAGCAAAAUCAAUUUUAAAAUUCAAUUCAAAAUUUUCAGUAUUUUUAAUAAUAAAUAGUAGUCGCCAUGUUAUUACGUCAUACGGCUGUGUAAAUUAAACGUGUAAACUUUAGUAAUGAGCUACACUUAAUAUGUUUAUAUGACAUAAAUUUAAAAUUACCUUCAAAGCAGGUAAUGAUGCCAAUCGAAUUUGCAGGGUUUGCAAUACGGUUUCACUCGAAUUCUUUUUAAUGAACCCAUUAUAUUAUACCAACUAAAACGUAAGGUAAGAAUUGGCAACUUAUUUUACUAGCUUCUAUAAGCUCCAAAUAUCAACUAUAUUCCAAAAAUAUGUACUUGAUCAUGUAAACUUAUUGUGAAAGAUAUUUUAAAUAGAUAAUGUUUAUAGGUACUUACAGCAAAGUGAUCUUCACAAAGGACAAACGUAUUUUUUGAGAUAAAAUAGUUCGAGAUUCCUUCUCGUAACUUUGAAGUUUUUCUCAUAUUUAUAUCAGUUGGCAUUUGAAUCCACAAUUUGUCCGAUUAUGCUAGUAUUAUUGCAUUCAGGAACAGCACAUCAGCGAUAAGCAGAAUAACAACACAUUAAAUUAUUAUCAAUUAUCAUACAAAAUAUCAGCGCAUUUCUUUACACAGCCAACUGACGCCAUGGCCACAGAACAAUUGAUUAUCAUUAUUCGAGCAUUUUCGUCAAAUGCAAAUUUUAAAUGCAUUUUUAUGGCAGUAAACGAUUGAAUAAAAUUUUGUGUUUUUUUUAGUGGUUUAUUAGCAUUAAAGAAUCUAAUUGAGACACUUUCUUUUUUAACAUAAGAAAAUCACACGAUUAUGUAAAAAAAAUGUAAUCAAAAGUAAUGCUUAAUUUCAAUUUGUGAUAAUAAAAUGAAAAUAAAUAAAAAACACAUCC